AUGGAGCUUGUUGAAUCAGACAAGUCACUUGAUGACUGCCUUAGGGAGUCGGCUGAGUUCAGGAUGACUUAUUCAUUGUGGAAGCUUUUUGCCACUAUAAUGGUUUUUUGUGAGUGUGCUAAUAUCCGGCGUCUUUGGGAUGACCAUCUGGACUCUAUGUCCGAGGAUUUUCGUCGUAUAUGUGACAAUAGCUCGAUAGUUGAACAGAUGGUGCUUAGAGAUAUAUCAUAUCAUUUGACAUCUAUGGGCAAGGAUAUCAAGCACUAUGGUCUGCCGGAGAUACACCAGACUGAGGAAGAGCGGUCGAGGGAUCAUUAUAGGGAACUUACUGAGGAGCACAACCUUGGGUUUGAUGAAGAUCAUCUGAAAAUUGUUGAUACACUUAAUGCAGAACAAAUGGCUGAUGGUCCAAGCGGCACCGGUAAAACUUAUCUCUACAAGACUUUGAUUGCUAAGGUGCGGUCGAUGAAUCUUAUUGCUGUUGCUAUUGCUACAUCUGCUUUACAAAGUAAAGUGGCACAGCUUAUUAGAAGGGCAUCUCUGAUAAUAUGGGAUGAGGUUGCAAUGACUAAGAGACAAGCAGUUGAGGCUCUUGACAGGUCACUGAGGGAUAUUAUGGGAUGUGAUAUGCCAUUUGGAGGGAAGGUUAUGUUGUUUGGUGGCGACUUCAGACAGGUUCUCCCUGUGGUGCCGCAUGAUUACUUAUUGAGGAUCGGUGAUGGGACAGAGGAAGCAUUUGAUGGUGACUACAUGUGGCUUCCUGAUGACAUUUUGAUUCACAAUCCUCCAGAUGAUGAUUUCAUUGACUUUCUUAUUGAUCGGGUGUUCCCAGAUCUUGUUGCUAAUUGCACUUCUGCCACUUAUAUGCGUGAAUUUUCAGGGAAGCAGAAGGUUUUCUACAGCUUCGACUCUGUCAAUGAUGACUCACUCAACAAUUAUUCUCUUGAUUUUCUCAACUCGAUUACCCCUAAUGGGCUGCCCCCUCAUGAGUUGAAAGUUAAGAAGAAUUGUCCUGUUAUAUUGCUUCGUAAUCUCGAUCCUCAUAAUGGCCUCUGCAAUGGAACUCGGCUGGUGGUACGGGGAUUCCAGAAUAAUUCAAUUGAUGCUGAGAUUGUUAAUGGGCAACAUGCAGGAAAGAGGGUGUUCAUACCGAGGAUACCAAUGUCUCCCUCAGAAGAUAUCACUCUUCCGUUCAAGUUUAAGAAGAAGCAAUUCCCCAUCCGAUUGAGUUUUGCAAUGACAAUUAACAAGGCGCAGGGUCAGACCAUACCUAAUGUAGGUAUCUACCUCCCCGAGCCUGUGUUUUCACAUGGCCAGUUGUAUGUGGCCCUGUCAAGAGGUGUAUCUCAUGAGACCAUCCCCUUCUCGCUCCCUCACCCCCAAUGGAUCCGUUCUCCAAAAAAAUGCAAAUCCCGCGAUGAUGUCCUCCGCCUCCUCGAGCCGCUCUCCCGGGAUCUGCUCGCCGACAUCACGGUCGCGUCCGCCAAGGGUGACGCGGACGCGGAGGCGAAGAGCAGUGGCUUCGGCUGA